CCUAUACUACCACAUUUAGGCAGAUGAGUGAACAGUGCUAAUGUUGAUGCUGAAUUAAAUUAUAAUUUUAGAUUAUUUUUCGUUUAAUGCACAAAUUGUUUAAAUACAAAUAUUGGUUGAGAAGAUGAUAUUCAAAGUCAUGCAAGAUUGUGAACAAAACAAAGAAAGUUCAGGUCUUGACAUUUGAUGUUUGACAGAGGCUCUUGAGAGGUCAAGAACUUUAAGAUACGGCUUCCAUCGGCCUAUCGCUGCUCUCCUGCACGCUGACGCCGAGACCCGGAAGCAGCGAGCAGCCUGCUUUGUUUUGUUUUGUUAGUAGGAGUUGGGUAAGAGGUGGACAGGCCAGGAGAGACGCGCUGAUAAAUGGGGAGAGCCAUAUCGGGGAUGGAAGAUGAAGGACCGAUAACCGACGCCUGUACAAUGCCGAGUUUUAUCAGCAGUUUGGAGGAGGGGAGUGUGAAGUUGUCCCGCCGCUACCUGCCGACUGAAACUUCCUUUACGGACAGCAAAGUUGAGUGGUCAGUCAGAGAUUUGAGCCGCCGUGUCACCAGGUCCACCUCGCGAUUAUCUUUGGACGGAGGUGAGCGGGACCCCGGGGAGAGGAGCAGCGGGGGGGAGAGGGAUGCGAGGGGCGGCAACAACAACAACAACUGCAACGGUGGCGGAGGAGAGAGGAGGAGAGCGAGCGCUGUCGAGAUUUUGAGGAGGAAUUUCGGGGUGUCAAAGUCUUCCUCUCUGUGUCUGAACACAAGCAGUCGGAUGCCGCGCGGCGCAGAGCAUGAACACACCGAGGGGAUCGUUAAUAACGACGUUUCAAACGGUUAUGGAACGGAACGAGGCGAAUGUAAAAAGUCGGAGCGUGAAACGGGCGAAGCGGGGAAAAACGAGCCCACCCUGCGCGAGGUUACCACUUCUGCUGUUCACGGAGUUUGAAAUUUGUGAGCGUUACAGGUGAGCGUCAUUAUGCAUAUGACCAGUGACAGCAACACGGUCACUUUAGACGAGCCUUUACCCCUAAAGAAACACAUCUACUGCACUGUGUACUGUAUCGCUAACGACAGUCAACGAAAAGACGCUGAAAUCACAGACGAUGUCACCUCUGACGCAACAGAAAUGGACUUUGAGGCAGAACAGGACGCGGGUUCGACUCCCGAACCGGCCUUGUACACAUUGGAGGACCUGGUGGACCCUUUCGGGGACAUGUCUCACCGGCUGUCCGUGGAGCAGACGGGUGCAGAGACUGCAAUGCAGAGUUGCCGGGUGUGCCUGGAAGAUGAAACCAUCGCACCCCUGCCCUGCUGCAGGAAGGCUGUGUGCGAUGCGUGUCUGAAACUCUACGUCAGCUCCCAGGUGCGAGUUGCCAAAUCUUACAUCAGCUGUCCGAUCCCAGAGUGCAGCGGCUACCUGGACGAGGAAGUGGUGAUUUCCCAUUUAGCCAAUGAAGACGGCAAAUACCGUUACUUCCUGGAGCUGAGUCAGCUGGACUCGAGCACCAAACCCUGCCAGUGCAGUGAGUUCACCUCGCUAAAGAACCAGAACCACAGCCACUCCGAGCACAAGUACAAGAUCCUGUGUAGCAAUUGCCAGUUCGUGGUGGUGCUUUUAAGUGGCCACGCGCCAUGGCACAACGGGGUCAAAUGUCGCGAGUACAGGAAAGGAGACAAGCUGCUUCGAAACUGGGCGAGUGUCAUAGAGCACGGACAGAGAAACGCCCAGAAAUGUCCGCAUUGCAAGAUCCACAUUCAGCGCACAGAGGGGUGUGAUCACAUGACGUGUACGCAGUGUAACACUAACUUCUGCUACCGCUGUGGGGAGCCGCUACCGGCACCUAAGGUUUUUGGGGACCAUACAUCCAACCUCAGCGUGUUUGGAUGCAAGUAUCGCUAUCUACCUGACAGACCUCAUCUGAGGCGGCUAAUUAGAGGGUCGGUCUGUGGCACUAAGGUGCUGAUAGCUCCUGUGGUCACUCUGCUGGUCGUGGGUGCUCGGAGCUUUUCCGCACUGGUGAUAGGUUUGGUAGUCUUCCCGGUCUACUAUGUGUGUAAGAAGAGGAAGAAGCAGCGCUCGCAGGGCUCGGGGCGGUGGAUCUAACUGAAACCUGCACUUCAUCUAGACCACACACACGCUUGAAAGACGACGCCCACAUCUCCUCAGGGAUGAACAAGCCACCCUGAGUCAUCGCAAAAGUCUUGGAAGGAACAUCAGAGAAAACACAAUGGCAAUGUGACCUUGUAAGGUGGAAGGAGGUAAAGUGAGGCCCGGAUUAUCACACUCUGUCACUUGGAAACAUUUGUCUCUCACUGGAACACUGCUGCAAAAGGAUGCAGGAUAUUUAUAUUAAAAAAAGGCAAGUUAAGCUGACUCAUGGAGCAAACACUGUCUUGCGGUAUGCUCUUCACAUGAUGGACGUGUUUGAAUCCCCCUCCAUCCCCCACUGAAUCUCCAAGCUGUCACAUGUGCAAGCGUUUCACUUCAGUCACACACUUAACAGCAUCCAUCCUGCAGGAGAACAAAUCAAAACAAACGUGAUUCAGUUUGUGUUUACACCCGCACUUGUGAGACGGUGCUCAAAAAGCAAGCCCGUUGGUCAGCCUGAUAUGAAGACAAUCUACAGUAUGGAUAUUUCAAAGGUUUAAAUGUUUCAGAGUUGGAAUUAAAGUAUGGACACUGAUGGAAAAUGAUGGGAGGAGCUCAUAGAUAAAUAGCAGAGAAAUGGGAGGAGCUAAUAUCUUCUUCUUCUUCAGUUGACUAAAGAUGGAAACUUUUUGGACCCAAGCCAUGAUGGAAAAAUGUGUUCUCAAAAAAGCUGGACAUUUGAAUUAGAUGUUGACAAUUCCUAGUGCGAUUCGGGGUCUUUGACAUCGACACAUUAUUCACAUUCAAAUGAAAGAAUUUGGUACUCAUCCAUUCUUUGGCUGAGAUUGACUCCUAGUUCUGAAAGCUGUACCCACCAUCAUUUAACAAAACGUGGUCAUGUUUGCAGGGAAUAUUUAGCCUAUUAACCCCUAAAUGACACAUUAGAAAGUUACAUUUCGCUAAGCCUCGGUUGUUUCAUGUUGUGGUUCUAAAUCAUCUCCUCCUUUAUGCUUUCUUCCUCCCUUUCCCCUUCCGUUGGACAGUGGCUCACACAUGCCGUCUGCCCGUACCUGCAUCAUCAGAAAAGAAACAAGCUGCUGUGCGGCAAUCGUGCCAAAACAAAAAGGCUGAAUGUGGCGGGACAGAAGGUCGACACCGUCUCUUUGUUAGCUUUCUUUGUUAUUAUUAUUUAGGGGCUGCUUGUUGCGGAGGUGUUGGGCGGUGCUGCUGCUGUCGGUGUGUGGUGGAGUCUGCAUACAGAAAUAUAGGAGGAGUAUAGGAUAUGCAUUAGAUAGCUACAGAUGCCUAGAAUUAAAAUGAUGGAACACACUAUUGCAAAUGGUAUCCAUAGAGGAAUAGAAUAUGUUAGAUUUGACUUUGUAGUGGGUGGUGGUUUGCUGAGAAGCACGCCGGUUGUUAGAUUUAAAGAAGAGAUAUCAUCAUGUGCAUUGAAGUGUGUGUUAGGAUACAUUUGGAUGAUUAUUUUUAGACAAUCAGUUUUUAAGAAUUGAUGCAUAGAGGUUGGUUUGCUUUCUGGUUUGUGCAGUGAUUCUGUUCAGAGGAGGUCUGUCUGUCAUAAGGGUUUGGAUAGUGACAUAUCGGCUUUUAACGUGCACUAUAAUACUCAUUCACACACACAGGCGCUGCCAGGUAACAGGAGAUUUUAAGAGCUUUAAUAGGUCGUUCACCUGGCUGCAGGCCUGCUUGCUGUUCCUCUCACUUAUCCUUCCUGCUGUCCGCCUUAGUGUUGAACAAGAGUGCACAUCCACUGAAGAAAGAAAAACAAAAAGUUUUCUUUUGAUGCUCCAUUAUGAGGCUUUUAUGGAGAUGUUUAAGAAAUGGUGCAGCACAAUAUAUCGGCACAUAAACUAUGCUAGAAAAAUAUAAAGAUUGAUUAAAUUAUGCAAUAAUUCCUCACAUGCGAGUUCAAUGCAUUUUUAAAUCUGCGGUGGUUUCCAGUGGAAGGUUUCAAAGAGUGUUACAGCACAUUUCGUCACUGAAUCUUCACUGAAACCAGGAUUAAAGGCCUGAAGGAAAGCAGGGUUGAUGCUCGUGCAUGUGACUUCCCCGGGAAUGGAUCUGACACCUAUUCUGUCAAGUGCAGUCAAACUGUAGAAUAUAUUGUUACACACUGAUUUGAGUAGAUCCUAGGAUUAAAUCAGCUUCUCAGGGAGUUUGUUUUAUGUCACUGUACCCAGAGAAUUGUUUUCCCCAGCCAUGUUUCCCCAGAGCCGUUUGUGCAACCAUAUUUGAUUACAGGAAGUGAAGUCACUGUAGUGUCAGAAGAGAUCCAUAUUUCCGUCUGUGUUUCCCAGCGUGAUUCAGUGUGUUUUUGUGAACUUUGCUUGGGGGUCAGGUGACUAAAAAUGGACCAAGAGAAUAUGAAUUAGUAACACAGCACGGGGAAGUGAACCGUGUAAGCUAUUCUCAUAAACAUGACAUGUAUCUUAUUAACUAUUGUUCACUUUCUCCAUGCGUACGUGUUAAUCUUACUGCUCGGCUAGUACUACACUGACAGUUGACCUGAUUUUGUUUGAUGAAUGAAAUAUGAGUGACAGUGUGUGGGCAGAUUAUUUUUAAUUUCUACUAUUACCACACAGCUUUUAGAGCACAAACUGUUGUCCUGGCAGUUUACAUUGUACCAGCAAUGUUAUCAAAUGGCGUCUUUGAUACUUAAUUUAUAAUUAUAUAGUUCAGUAUAAACACCAAAAAUCGUCAAAUAACGGUUUAGGAGCGUUUAGUUUUAUUGGUCUUAUUUCGCUCACUGGCAUAACAUCCAUUUAAAUAUGAAUUUGUGCUACCUAGGGGAUGUCACGAGAACCAAUCAUACGGCACCGAGUUGUUGCCAUACAUUCAGAUAAACGUUACUUUUACUUGUUUUUGUCCAGUAGUUAGGGCUCAACCCAACGUCCAACCUGUCAUCCUAAAUGAUAUAGACAUUUGUUUAAAAUGCAGGGAACAUUGCACUGUGCUGCAUUCAGUCAAUUAUAAGUUUAACGUUAUCACGAUGUGUUCAAAUGUAAAACCUCAAAUUUUUCAGGGAAACUUUAAUAAAGAUAUUUCCCCAGCAAUAGCAAAUAGAUGUUAUUAGAUGUAGGGGUAUAUGACCUGUUUAGCCUCUUAACAUGAAACAAAUUACACAAAUGUGGUAAAGUAGUGUAGGUUGAAGUCCAUUUAAUGAAUGUUGACGUACAUAAUAUUCUGUUUUAUUAUUUUUUUAUUUAUUGUGGUAUCUAAUCGCUAACGUGGGGUUUCACUGGUUGGCGAUUACAUUUCUGGUAACGUGACAUCCCUAGUCUCACCUGGUUACAGCUUCAGGACAAAUGUUGUUCCCUUGGCCAACCCCUUAUACCAGAUUGAUUUCACUUUGAUCAGUAGAAACGUGUGUUGAGUCUGCUCAUGUAAAGAUGCCAUCAUUGCUUUGUUUUGUUUUUGUAUGCUUGCAUAAUACUGACUUGACAUUUUCUAAAAUAUUGAGCAACUGUUUGGGUAAUGCUGAACCUUUAAAAGUUGCUCAAUAACAAAUCAUUUGUUGACAUGCUGGGGUUUAUUGGCUGGCUGAUUUCCCCCCGGCCUGUUUUGUUUGUGUUACAAUCCCAGUGAUAUUGGCAUAAGUAUGCAAUAGUGCCUUCACAGCCAUUAUAGAUCAGGGUGGGCCAACCUGUGGUUCGGUGACUCCAAAGAUUACGAAUAGGGGUACAAUCUAUCAAACCCUCAUUAAGAUAUGUGUAAGAACAGCUAAAGAAAAGCAAAUGUUUUAAAUGAUUCAUCUCUAAUGUAUGAAAAACCACUGUAAAUGAUAUAUGUAAGGAUCUCUUACCCUAAGGUACAGGAAAAUGUGCAGUGCAAUCAGAUAAAUGAAUGUAUUUUAAAUAGCUUAAGAUAAAAACAAACCUAAAAUGUUACAGGUAACCAUAAUACAGGUUGUCAGCUGUAUCCCAAACACUAUUAUAGUUUUGCACAAGGUCAACUGUCACUUUAUUUGGGCUCAUAUGAACCUCCCUGUUCGUCCUCUGAAGGUUAAAAAGACCUUUGAUGGCUGUCAUGAGGCAGCAAAAUGCUCAGUAAAGGAAGUGGUUAUAUGAAAACGCUGUCAUUUUAGUGACAGUAUAACAUAGUUUGAUUUUAACUCAGGAGGCCUGUGAAUAUUUGUUUUGCUUUAAAUGGUGUGGCAUCAGUAACAUUAGGAUGCAUUUUCACAAAAAAUACUUGCCCACGUUGUUUGUCUACACACUGCUUUGUUUUGAGUGUAUUUCUAUUGAAAGAAACAUCUUAAACUUGAUAACUGUGCUACUUGUUUGCACUUUCUUCCACCGUUAAAGACUUCUGCUGAUAUUAUUACACACUUAACCAGGCACAAAAAUGGUUUUCUUCAAAGGAUCUGAUGAAGAAUAAAUUAAACUGGGUCAAAUACCAAAA